CAGGGGUUCGACGUCAGAGCCGUCAGUCUCUGCAGCAGCAGCUCCGCCGCCGGAAGGAGUGACAGGCCGGUGUCAGGGAUCGGGCUGAGACUGUUGCAGACAUGGCCGACUCUGCCCCCACGAGCCCUCCUCAGGUGGGAGCAGUGCAAUUUAUGAUGGCAAAUAAGCUUGACACUGCAAUGUGGCUUUCUAGAUGGUUCACAGUAUACUGUUCAGCACUAUUUAUUCUUCCUGUUUUAGGCUUACAUGAAGCAGCCAGCUUUUAUCAACGUGCCUUAUUGGCAAAUGCUCUCACCAGUGCACUUCGACUCCAUCAGAGAUUACCACAUUUUCAGCUUAGCCGUGCAUUCCUAGCACAGGCUCUGCUAGAGGACAGCUGCCAUUAUCUCUUAUAUUCGCUAAUAUUUGUCAACUCCUAUCCGGUUACAAUGAGUAUUUUCCCAGUUUUGCUCUUUUCUUUGCUUCAUGCAUCAACGUACACAAAGAAAAUCUUGGAUGCUAAAGGAAUAAAUAGCAUGCCAUUUGUCCGGGGUCUUUUGAACAAACUGAAUGAAAAUCAACAAAAUAUACUGAAGUUCGUUGCUUGCAAUGAAAUCUUUUUAAUGCCGGCCACCGUUUUUAUGCUACUCAGUGGCCAAGGUAGCUUAUUGCAGCCCUUCAUCUACUACAGGUUCCUAACACUGCGCUAUUCUUCUAGAAGGAACCCAUACUGCAGGACAUUAUUCACAGAGUUGCGAAUCAUCUUGGAGCACCUUGUCAUGAAACCAGCAUGUCCAGAAUUUGUGAGAAGACUGUGUCUUAACAGCAUUGCUUUUGUAAGCAGACUUGCGCCAACUGUUGCAUAACUUAUUUUUAUUUAAAUUAUUCAAUAUGUACAUGAAUGCGCAUUAGCAGCUGGUAUUUCUGCACUCCGUAUGAGAUCUGGUGUUUUUCUAUCAUCCCCAAACUAGUGACAUCUAAAUGAGUCCAUGUGAAUAAAGCUGAACUCUAUGCCUUUUUAUAAACUACUUCUUAAGGAUUUUGUAGACUUAUCUCUGAGAACUGUUCGUAAUCAAUAAAUAUAGGUUACUUGGUAUUCCUUCUUAGCUUCGAUACAUGCCAUAUUUGAAUCCUGUACAAUUUGCAGUUUCUACUCCCAACACAUUUCCAGAAUAAAAACUCUCUUGUAUAAGCAAUCUCUGGCAGUCCAUUGACUGUGACAUAUAACUCAUAUGAUGCUUAUACUGGUGGCUGUUUUCUGCAGUCAGAUUGUCAGACAUUAUCCUUCGGCGCAUGCACUAUUGCUACAAGCAGUAUGGUUUUGUAUGACCUCCAUCCUUUAAAAAAAAUAAAAAUAAAAGCAGUUUCUAUCUAUAUAUACACAUAAAUAAACAUCAUGAAUUCAAUGUUGUCCAGGUCACAAUUCUGUAUAUUACCAUCUGACAAUAAUUUUUGAAGAUGUUUACAUUGGGAACAACGGAAAAAUAACAUAAGUGCAUUGAUAAUGUUUCACUUUCAUAUUUCUUUGAAAAAAUACAUUUGUGGGCCACUUAUUUAGGAAAUAAUAAAGAUAUUUUAUGUGCUGUUUGUAUUUAAAGACAAACAUGGUUUAACCCUAAACAAAGAGUUGUAUUUUAGGCCAAAGUCGUCAAGUGGGAGAUUUUUCUUUUUACUUUUGCAAACUACCAUUUUGGCUUCUAUCUUGCUACUCAUGUCCCAACAAACGUUUAAGAGAUAAAGGUACUCUUCUUUGUAUUGAACAUAUACUAUUCAUAUGUAUAUAUAAUAGAUUCAUUUCUAAAAUCAUUGUAGAACAUAAUGGACAGCAUUUUUGUUUUCAGAAGUGUGCGAUUUAAUGUAUUUUUUUUUAUUUCUACUUCUCAAAGUGUAAAGUUCCAUGAAAUGCAAUAAAAUUCAAACUUUCGCCAAAUGUAACAA